UGUGCUUACUGAUCCAGCUCCAGGGCCACCGCCAUGUCGAGCCGGGGAGGGAAGAAGAAAUCCACCAAAACCUCCCGGUCCGCCAAGGCAGGAGUUAUCUUCCCUGUGGGGCGGAUGCUGCGGUACAUCAAGAAAGGCCACCCCAAGUACAGGAUUGGAGUGGGGGCACCCGUGUACAUGGCUGCUGUCCUGGAGUACCUGACAGCGGAGAUUCUGGAGCUGGCUGGCAAUGCGGCAAGAGACAACAAGAAGGGACGGGUCACACCCCGGCACAUCCUGCUGGCUGUGGCCAACGACGAAGAGCUAAAUCAGCUGCUAAAAGGAGUCACCAUAGCUAGUGGUGGGGUGUUACCAAACAUCCACCCUGAGUUGCUAGCGAAGAAACGAGGAUCCAAAGGGAAAUUGGAAGCCAUCAUCACGCCACCCCCUGCCAAAAAGGCCAAGUCUCCAUCCCAGAAGAAGCCUGUAUCUAAGAAAACAGGAGGGAAGAAAGGGGCCCGGAAAUCCAAGAAGAAGCAGGGAGAAGUCAGCAAGGCAGCCAGUGCCGACAGUACGACCGAGGGCACGCCCGCCGACGGCUUCACAGUCCUCUCCACCAAGAGCCUCUUCCUGGGCCAGAAGUUGCAAGUUGUACAGGCUGACAUUGCCUCGAUCGACAGUGAGGCUGUCGUUCACCCGACAAACACUGACUUCUACACCGGUGGUGAAACAGCCGAGAGAGCUCCUGUGGGUGACAGCCUGCGGUCAGGUUCAUUCACGCACCCCAGACUGCCUACAGUCGGGCGGCUUACAGGAAACACGCUGGAGAAGAAAGGUGGCAAGGAGUUUGUGGAAGCUGUUCUGGAGCUCCGGAAAAAGAACGGGCCCUUGGAAGUAGCUGGAGCUGCUGUCAGCGCAGGCCACGGCCUGCCCGCCAAGUUUGUGAUCCACUGUCACAGUCCAGUCUGGGGUGCAGACAAGUGUGAGGAACUUCUGGAAAAGACAGUGAAGAACUGCUUGGCCCUGGCAGAUGAUAAGAAACUGAAAUCCAUUGCGUUUCCAUCUAUUGGCAGCGGCAGGAACGGUUUUCCGAAGCAGACGGCAGCUCAGCUGAUUCUGAAGGCCAUUUCCAAUUACUUCGUGUCGACGAUGUCCUCUUCCAUCAAAACAGUGUAUUUCGUGCUUUUCGACAGCGAGAGUAUAGGCAUCUACGUGCAGGAAAUGGCCAAGCUGGACGCCAACUAGGCUGAGGAGCUACAGAACCAGCGUACACCGUGCCCCCUGCCUCCGAUUUGAAAGCAAAACCCCCUUCAGUCCUACUGGGAGGCGGGAACCCUUUCAUUUUCAAUUUUGCUCAUCUAGGGAAAGUAAGGUUUUGGUUUCCAGUUUAAUUGUUUUCGACCUUCUAAAAUGUUUUUACGUUAGCACUGAUAGUUGGCAUUACUGUUGUUAAGCACUGUGUUCCAGACUGUGUCUGACUUUAGUGUAACCUAGGAGAUUUUAUAGUUUUAUUUUAAUGAAAUCCUGCUUGAUGCAGAGCAGCGGGGAGAGCAGCGUCCAUGUGGCAGAAUCCAGGAAGCCCGCUUUGUAACCGUGUGUCGUGGUGCUUUAUUGUACACCCAGUGGCGUUCUUUUUACUAUAACGUUCCUUUUUGUCCCCCUCAAGAAGAAAAAUCAUGAAUUUCCCGCAGACCUAAUUUUUGUUUACUUUUUGUCUUAAUGAUGGAUUUGAAAAUGAAAGAUUUAAAAGGCAGAACAGAAUCUGUUGUCUUUAAUUAUAUUUGCAAUUUGGAAUUUGUGUGGAUUGAUUUAGUAAAAUGUUAAACUGUUGUCGUGA